ACUUGGUACCCACUUCCCUAAUCCGAUAAAGUUUUGAUUUUUAUUCAAUUUGGUUAUAACCCUUUUUGAAAUUGCAGAUUCCUUUCUACUUGUGGAGGAAGAAAGAAAGAGAAAAGAGGGUUUCUUUUGAUGACAUGAGGGAUGUUAGCAACGUUAAUGAAACUUCUGAGUGCUUGUCUCUGGCCUUCUUCCUCCUCUUCGGGCAAGUCAUCUGAUUCAACUGGGAGACAAGAUGGGUUACUCUGGUACAAAGACUCUGGUCAACACCUACUCGGCGAAUUCUCAAUGGCGGUUGUUCAAGCCAACAAUCUCCUUGAGGAUCAGAGCCAAGUUGAGUCUGGCCCUUUGAGCACACUUGAUUCUGGUCCGUAUGGGACUUUUGUUGGAGUAUAUGAUGGUCAUGGAGGGCCUGAGACCUCACGCUUUGUUAAUGAUCAUCUCUUUCAGCAUUUAAAGAGAUUUGCAGCAGAGGAAGCCACUAUGUCGAUGGAUGUAAUAAGAAAGGCUUAUGAAGCGACAGAAGAAGGGUUUCUAGGGGUUGUGACAAAGCAGUGGCCGACGAAGCCACAGAUUGCAGCUGUUGGGUCUUGCUGCCUUGUGGGUGUUAUAUGUGGAGGGAAGCUCUACAUUGCUAACGUUGGAGAUUCUCGUGCUGUUCUUGGAAGGGCUGUGAGGGCUACAGGUGAGGUUAUUGCGCUUCAGCUCUCAGCGGAGCAUAAUGUGAGUAUAGAGUCUGUUAGACAGGAGAUGCAUUCUUUGCAUCCGGAUGACUCGCAUAUUGUUGUGUUGAAGCAUAAUGUGUGGCGUGUUAAGGGGCUUAUUCAGAUAUCUAGAUCCAUAGGCGACGUGUAUCUUAAGAAAGCUGAGUUCAACAAGGAGCCACUGUACACAAAGUAUAGACUCCGGGAGCCGAUGAAAAGGCCAAUCUUGAGUGGGGAACCGUCGAUAACAGAGCAUGUGCUCCAACCAUAUGAUCAGUUUCUGAUAUUUGCUUCUGAUGGACUAUGGGAACAGCUUAGCAACCAAGAAGCUGUUGACAUCGUUCAGAACAACCCACGAAACGGGAUAGCACGUAGACUUGUGAAGAUGGCACUGCAAGCUGCAGCAAAGAAGAGGGAAAUGAGAUAUAAUGAUCUGAAGAAGAUAGAGAGAGGCGUGAGGAGGCAUUUCCACGAUGACAUCACUGUUGUUGUCAUCUUCCUUGAUACCAAUGUGAUGAGCUCUGCCAAAGGACCCUCUCUUUCUAUCCGAGGUGGUGGUAUGACUUUCCCUAAGAAACUCUGAAGUUACUUCAUCCCUCUUUUUUUAGAUUCUCAUCUUUUGUAGCUACGUAUAAAAAUGUUCACUCUUUGUUGGUAUAAGAAUGUAUAAUUGUAACGUGAAAGCCACACUACUGACGUUUGGAACUCAAUUCCAGGAAUCAUUAAUUUUUAUUUAUUCAGCAAACUUUUGUGUAAUGAAAGAUGUAAUUGUUGUUGAUGGUGAAUGAAUGUAGUAGGCCUUUCUUGUGUCAUACAUUUUGUAUUAUAUAAUUUUCUGUAUACAGAGAAGUGGUUGCUAUAAUGAUUUACCUUCAAGUGUGUAAUGUAAUGUUUAUGACUAGA